AGCAGGCGGCUGUGUGCGCGUGCGUGGCCGCGUUUUGAUGCCGCUGGCCGCUGGCUCCGUGCUUGCGGAGCGCGCCAACAUGUCUUCCGCGUCGCCCGAGAUCUUCCACGACGGCACACUACCCGUCACCCGAGAACUGGUGGGAAACUGAAAAUGGCGGCGCCAUUUCUGGGGCUUGAACCCUGGUCCUCCAGAACAGAAAGCCAAAGUGCACCCCCUCAACACAAUUAUACCACCAGAGGUGCUUGGAACUAGCGGAAAAUUAAAAACGGCUGUGCCUCUUCCUGGAUUCGAACCCUGGUCCUUCUGGAUGGAAAGCCCAAGUGUAGCCUCCAACACUUGGAGCUGCCCAGAUGCAGGAGGAUUAGAUGUGGCAAGACAUCGAGAGCAUCCUGCUGAACCAGCCGGCGGCGCCGCAGGCGUCCCCGGUGAGCCUGUGCGCAUCGUGGACGGUGCUGGGCCCGCCGUCGCCGCCCCUUCCUCCGCCGCCCCCGCAGGCGGCGCCCACCGCCAUCGGCACCCCCUCCUACCCGGACGUGGACGAGGACGAGCCGCUCGCCUACCAGGGCGAGGAGUUCGUCGACUUGGACAUGCUGAUCAACUACGCCGCCGAGCAGCACAACUUCUACCCGCAGGGCGGCGACUGCAAGGACGCCGCGCCGGCGCCGGCACAACCGCAGCAGCAACACCAGCAGCAGCAGCAGCAGCAGCAGCCCGACGACGGCGCAGUGUGCUUCGCGGACGCGAGCUCCGGCAGCGACGAGCAGGACGUGCUAAGGCUAGGCGACGUGGCCAGGGGGUUCCAGCCGGCCACCUCCUACAACGGCCUCAUGACGAUCGUGCCGGCGCAGCAACAGGCGCAGGUGGCGUACAGCCACGGUCAGAUCUCCCCUCCGGCCAGCCCGGAGAACCAGGACCUGGGCAAGGCGCUGGCCGCUGGCGCGCUGGUGGCGCAGCCGGCCGCCACGGCGCUCGCCAAGAUCAUGACUCCGCCGUCGUCGCCCAACCUCGCCGACCUGCUGUCGCAGCCGCAGCCGCAGCCGCAGGCACCGCCCCCGCCGCCGCCGCCGCCGCCGCAGCAGCAGCAGCAGCAGCAGCAGCCGGCGCAGCCCUUCCAGCCCGUCGACGGCGGCCACAAGCCGAAGCGCUGUCGGCGCAGCUGCGGCCGCAAGAAGCUGACGACGCACACGUGCUCGCACCCGGGCUGCGGCAAGACGUACACCAAGUCGUCGCACCUGAAGGCGCACCUGCGCACGCACACGGGCGAGAAGCCGUACCAGUGCGGCUGGAAGGGCUGCGGCUGGAAGUUCGCGCGCUCCGACGAGCUGACGCGCCACUACCGCAAGCACACGGGCGACAGGCCCUUCCAGUGCCGGCUGUGCGAGCGCGCCUUCUCGCGCUCCGACCACCUGUCGCUGCACAUGAAGAGGCACGUCAGCGUCUGAGGGGUCCUUCCGCACCCAUCCGAGCAGUUACCAGCGCCUGUGGACGUUACCCGUUUGUGCGAACUGGGCUAAAUGGCAGCGCGCCGCCGCCCCACUGUCGCCGUUACCUUUUGCGUAAACUUUCAGAUACCCGAGUGGAUA